AAUAAGAGCUUACAGUAAGACGCAGAAGAAAAACAACUGCAGGUUCUGGUUAUUAAUUUUAAAGUUUCCGCCCCUACAGCGGCGCCCUGCCGGUUCUCUGCCCGCUCGCGGUGCUGUGAGGAUGGAGGACCAGUGUCUGCAGCUGCCUCCGGAGCUCUGGGUCUACGUGUUCAGCUUCCUGAGCACGGAGGAGAAACACACCGUCCGCCUCUGCAGCCACUACCUGAGGAGGCUCGUCGACCACCCGUCCCUCUGGAGGGACUACACCGCCACCCUGUCCGACCUCCGCCGCUACAGCUGCGGCUUCUGGGACACCCUGAGGCGCCGCAGGCUCACCCGCAUCGCGGUGCGUCAUCUGCGGCGCAAAGAGUGGCGGCGCCUCGUCAAGCUGCUGCCGUCGCUCACCGCCAUCGUGUUGGUGGACGGAGGCCGGAUCUACAAGGAGAAGUACCUGGAGAACCUGUCCCAGUUCCCCGACCUGCGGGACCUGGUGGUGCGCAACGCCACGUUCGAGGAGCCCAUGCUCGGCGAGAGCGUGAGCGUGCAGCUGCGGGAGCGCCUCACGCACCUGAGCGUGUGCAACGUGCGGCUGCCGUGCACCGAGGACUUCAUCAACGGCGUGUCCCGCAUGGGCAACCUGCGGUACCUGCUCUUCCACCAGCAGGGAGAGGGUUACGGGCUGGACACGGUGAGGCCGGUGCCCUGCGCCGUCUUCCACAACCUGCUGCUGAGCCUCAAGAAGCUCAAGCACCUCUCGUGGGGGAUGAAGGGCGAGCCGCCCGAGCCGCUGCCCGACGACUACUUCAGCCCGGCCGACCCCAACCAUCCAGGUGCGUUUCGCUACGGCGGCCCCGAGCUGAGCAGUCUGGAGCUGGUGGAUUACCCAGAAACCAUCUUGCCCGAGAACGCCCUGCGGAGCCUGACCUCGCUGACGUCGCUCACCGUCCGGUACCGGUACAUCAAGGAGGGCAUCGAGUGCCGCCUGCGGUCCUGGCUGAGUCCUCUGCAGCAGCUCAAAACUCUCACCAUCAUCGGUGGGAACUCCCUGGCCACCUACACCACGACCAUCCCGCGCAGCGUGUCCCGCCUGACGCUGCGGGUGGCCAUCACCCUGAAGGACAUGGACUCCAUCGCGCCCAAGGUGCCGGGCCUGAAGCACCUGGACAUCGAGCAGAACCGCUCCAGCGGCAGCCUCUGCCGACGCAUCCCCAUGCUGUUCCCCAAACUCAGGACGCUCAGGAUCCGGUUUUUCCGGCGGGAACCGGAGAAGGACCUGCUGAGCCUCCACCGGCUGCGGCACCUGGUGCAGCUGGAGCUGCUGGUGGAGCGCUCCUACAUCCUCAGAGAUUACCUCAACGGACACCCGUGGCCCAGCCCCAGCGUGCAGGCGCUGAUCGACGAGGUGCGCCAGCUGUCCGACAACAGGAUCAACGUCAUCACCGCCAUGCGGCAGAGGAACCCGCUGAGGGACUGCGACUGCAUGUGGGAGGGCGACUGAGGGGUGGAGCGCCAGGGAGAGAGUGGAGAGAGGCGAGCGGAGGUGAAGCACACCUGGCAUCUCACUUGGUUCAAAACCGACAUUUCAGAUCAGAAAGAACGAAAGCUUUUCUGCUUCAUAUCGUUUCUUACAUCCAAGUGAGAAACGAUGGCGUGCGUGCUCUGUGUGACUCAUUUCUAUAAGAAUGGAAACUUGACACAUGGAAGGCCCCGUUUGACGUUUCCAAGUGAAAAUGCGAAAGACGGAAAACGCUCGUGUCGACGGCAGAAUCUGCUACUGCGCAUGUACAGCAGUUCUGCACAUUCUCAGUAGACGACAACAAGAACCAUGUUUUCCUCCAGAGUGUCAGGACUCCCAGUCCAGAUUCUCCUGGUCCUGGCAGUUUGCGAGUUCACAGUCACCGUAACAACACUCCAACUUGCUGUUCUGUCUACAUGAAUGUCUGUGUUCUCCCAUUGUUAAUGUUUAGAGUGUAUUGCUCUCUGCGGACACCUGAUUUUCAAUAUGAAAACUACUACGUUUCUCCUGUUUCCAUGGAAAUGGAUUUCAAAACGUGUAAAUGCCGUGUUUACAGUGAUGGACACUUCUAUAAAACAAAUGUGAACAAGAAUAUGGGAGCAAUUGAUAUGAGAGAACAGAGCCACAAGUGAACGGCGUUGCAUCGCGGCGGCGGUGGGAGGGGCACAAAUCUUAAUAUCUUGAAAUUAACAUCCAGAGUCACUGUAGCGACAGGAUGUUUGGGUAAAACCCUCAUGAACACGAAACUUUUCUGAACUGCGUCUUCACUGAGAAAGUCAACGGGGCUCUGUUCGAAUCCUCCGUCUUUAUUUUCAACGAAGAGCGUCGAUUGGGAAAUCCUCCGUUUUGUUGAUGAACUUAGCGUUUUGAGAAGUUCUGGUGUGAGAGGGCAGAGUUUAAUUCAACCCUUUAAAGGGUGUUUAUUGAAUUACCAAGAGUGUUAUGUGAGAAUGAAACAUGUGGGAAAAAAUCUGUAUAUAUUUCACUAUUUUUUCCUGGACUGGACACAAGUUCUAGAGUAUAGAAGUCAAUAUGGAACAAAAAUCAAAUUUAGAUGUAUUAAAUGCUUUUUUUAAAUUUUCAGGAUGAAGCUGCAUUCUUUUGACUCAUAAAUAAAAUGAAUCAUCUAGACUGCAUAUUCUGACUUCAUUAAAAUGACUACAACCCUAAAAUAAAAAAGCAUUUCUGCUGUAAACAGAAAUAAGAUUUUUGCUCCAUAUUUGCUUCCAUAGCAGAGCACCUCUGUCCUGUUCUCUAUUGUAUGAUUUGCAACAAAAUGUCUUUUAAAUAACUUGCUGGAGGCGCUGAAAUCCAGACGUAGGCCUAACGUUUCCCCCGAGCCGACUUGGUAGUUUGACUAUUUUCACGUCGCCGUCGAUCAGUCGGGUGACUGGAAGGAAAAAGCAGCAGCGCCUACCUCACGUUUAUCGCCGAGUUCUGGAUGAUUCUCAUCAAGUUAUAUUCAUUCUACAAGUUUGAAAAAAAAAUCAAGAAAACACUGCAGUGAUCAGUGGUCAUAAUGUAUUGGCUGAUCUGUUUGUCUUGAUCAAUGGCGGUGCCAAACGGUCAACAUUUCUGACUGAAGUAGAAAUACAACAAUUAACUUUUGUUUAGGUACUUUAUUGGGAAAAUACUCAAGUACAAAAUGACCUUUUAACCCUUCACUGUCCGAGCGCUCCUCUUGUUUACGUCUGACAAUAAUAAAGUAAAUGCAGGUACAGUUUAUUUAGGAUGAAUUGAUCUGUAAAAUUAGGAUAGUUUUACAUUUCGAUCAUGAUAUUUGUCUGAUUUUCAUCCUUUAUCAGGCAGCGAAGCAGAUUGUAUUAUAUUGAAAAGCCACAUGGCUCACUGGUUUUUGAGGAAAAAGAGGAAACUGUUGAAAAAUAAUGUGGAUUACAGGGUGUUGGGUUCUGCACUGAGCAAUGAAUGAACUGCUCGACUCGAUGCUCUGUUAAUAACUAAGGAUGUUAUGUUACAAUUAAAGCAAAAGGAAAAAAAUAUGUUUGAAACAGCAAUGUUCAAUUAUGCUUUGGCAGUUAACGUUUUAAAGAAUUUUAAAAAUGGUUUAUCUUAUUGAACCGCCGUCAUAAAUACUGCCAUCAUCCCUGCUUCAGACUUAAGACCGGACAUUUUUCAGAAAAGGUCUGUAAAGAUGUGGCGGUCUGACUUUUAAAAUGUUGUAAUGUCCAUCAGUCAUGACUUCAUAUCAGGGAGGCGGGAAGCUGUGGGUCUUUAACCAGCCGAUUGAGGGAAAAUCUGAGAAUCCAGCAUGUUUGGAUUCAUGUUUUUCUAAACGUCAACAGCUGUUUUUAGAAUAACUGAUCAGUGUCUUCAUUAAAAGGAAGAAAAAAAAAAGAUUUGGUCAGAAAAAAACGUUUCUCAUUAUUAGCCUUGUAAAUGUGCUUCUCCACAGCAGCCUUAGUCCCGCCCCCAUAUGGUCCUGAUUGGCUGAGAGGCUAAAGUCCUCAGAAGUAGAGAAACUCCAGGAAAGUGUUUUUAAUGAAUCAAACCUUUUAAAGUCUUCAGUUUUCCGCCGACGUGUCGUCACUGUUCUCAUGAACUUUAUCAAUGAAAUCAAUGAAGUCCUGUGAAUUUUAUCAGGAAGGUCACGGCUGGAUCUGAUUCCUUUAUCAGAGACAAAUUUACAUGGUGUUUCUGGAGUUGAAGUAAGAAAUUGGAAGGUGAAAUGAAUCCUGAUUAAAAUCCAUCAUGUCUCAUCGUUGUUCUGCGUUUUCUCUUUUGGGAUUGAACGUGUUUUGUCUCUUGUUACACUCCUCUCACCUGCAGGACAGCUGUACAACCUUGCAAACAAGAAGAGAUUUUAAAGAG